AGCAAUCAUCAGCUUGUUGAAUGGAUAAAGGAUGUCUCAUUCGUACAGCCAACAACUAGGUAUCACAACCGUAAGACAUCCAUAGUAGGCGCAAGUAUCACAAUCGCCAUCUCUAAAGCUAUUCUCGUACACUGGUGCUGCGCUACAGCGUAUGGAAUGUCAACGGCACGGGCUAAUGAGCUGACUCAUUACGAACCUAGCUACUACCUAUAGUGCCCAGAUGGUGUUAAUAGCAGCAAAACGGGCCUAUUGUAUCUAUCUUACAAGCCAAAGGCAACAAAGCACACAGUGCUCGAAACAGCGAUAUAAAUAACACAUCCAAACUAGCCUGCUAGCCCUAUGCUACAACUACAGUCACGGUCGAGUAACUUGCCUCAGCGUCUUCAUUGCCCAUCUCGAAGAAUUGGCCCGAGCAAAAGUGCGUCCCUGACCCCACGCGGGGCGACAUCUCCACCACGUGAUGAGAUGAACUUUUUUUUCUUUAUUACAAAGAAUACCAGAAUGCCCCCAGCCUAUAGGCUACACGCAAUGUUGCAAGGCUCGCAAAAAGCCCUCAAUCUUUGCAGCUUCGAUCGUUUACCCCGAGAUAUGGAGCGUUAUGCGGCAUUUCCGCGCGCCUAUCUGGAUUUAAAGAAAAAAUUCAUCGUUGCUCGGUAUUUGUUCCGUGUGGGUUUGGGAGAGACGGCCAGAUCGGCCUUUGAACGCCCCACUCUCCACAUACAUAUACAUACAUUGUCACACAUACACGUCACUUCUUGUGGUAGAAUUGCGAACUACAAAAACGGUAAAAAUGACGAUAAAUUAUCGCAUGCAAUUACCUCAAGUCACUUCACUCGCCUAUGUGCUGAGAGAUUAUUCGAGGCGUGCCAUAUGAGGUCUGUUGCAGACUGCACACUUGGCAGCCAUGCUUGGCGCAGGGCAAGUCGUUCACGACUCGCCGGCUCCUCUAGGGCUGCUGUCGUCGAACCUGAGGGGGGGGUGGUAUGUUGGUGUCAGGCCAAGAAGGGUCAAACAUUAGCAGAGGUGGGCGGACUUGGGGGGAGCCCGGGCGGAGAUUCUUUAAAUCACCUCAUCCACCCACAAAUCCUUUAGACUUCACACACAGGCUUGGCCGCAAUCUUACGGGCGUGGAUACGGAUACAUAUGAUCAAUGGAUCAUACCGCGACCUCGGGAGUAGCUUCUCCCCCUGCAGCAAUGACAUUGCGCCCAGACGUGAUUGCAUCAACCAAAAAGUCUACCGGGAUUACACACUUCCAGACUUGUCCAUCUUGGCUCGGGGUUCAAGAUGCGCAUCGCUGCUGCUGCAUGCACGCAUACAAGAGCAGUACUGACACGCC